AUGGACCUAGAAACAGGCGAUCCUCUUGACUGGACUGUAGAUCAGGUUGUGGCUUUCCUGUGCCACAGUUCUUCGGCGCCAUGGUCCCAGUCGGCGAACCCUGCUCGUCUCCCCGAUCCCAACGCGUUCGAAGCCGCUAUCCGGGAGAAUAUGGUUAAUGGUGAAGUCCUGCUGAACGAUGUGGAUAAGGAGACACUUCGGGAGGACCUGGGCCUUAAGGCUCUUGGUCCGCGCAGCACCGUCAUGGCAGCUAUCCGCUACCUCCGGAAACUGUCAGUGAAAUAUCAGAGAGCGUAUUCUGCACAUACGUCCGCCUAUAACGAUGGUCAACCUGCGUAUUCCCCUAGAAUGACUCCCAUGACCGUGGCAAGCCACGUUCCUGGUUCUCCGCAACACUACCCUAAUGUUUCACGACAAGCUACUCCCCGUCAGGGAAUGCUUCCUACGUCUCUACCCGUUGCUCCCUCUGUUCCGACCGCUCAAGAGGUCAAACCUGAACUAUAUCCAGGUGAUAUCCCUGAUAGAUCGUUGCAACCCAAUGGGAUUCAUCCGUCUUCAGAACCACCGAAUUCCCAUCAACCUGUUCUUGAUGAUGACAUCAAUAACAGACCUCAUGACACCCCCAAUCCCCAACCUCCGCAGUUGCCUGACGAACGGAGCGUUGCACGCGGUGCCUCACCGCGUCUACGCCCCAAUGAGUACUUUCAUGUUGACAGUCAAGGCAAAAAGCGGAGAAAGCUCGACCUUACUUCCAGUGCGCUGGCUCAAAAAGAAGCGGUAUCCGAUCAGGAAACACCGCAGUUACGAGCAAAGAAUUGGUACAUGGGUCCGAGUAGAUUCGAUCCCAUGGAUGUAUUUUACCCUAUACAGCCUGAUUCCGAAGUUGAAGAAUCCUUAUUCGUUACUUUGAGUCCAGGGCUGCCGACCGGUCUGCGGCUCUUUGUCAAGAACUGCCUUCAUCAGCUUUUCCGACAGCAGCGGGUGAGGUUGGCGGCCAAAGAUGGCUACAAACGUUCAGCCAUAUUCCCUUGCAAGAGCACCCUCCUUGGCGGCAACCAGCCCCAGUUUUUCACCCUGUAUUCUUCACGUGAUGGCCAAGUCACUGUCACACAGGAGACAACGGCUGACUGGCCUGAAUUUAGCUUGCAGAGCAACCAACGCCCGGCCUUGGGCUCUAAAGAUCGGGAUCCCUAUGACUACCUGCUUGAGAAGUAUCCUGUCGAAGAAAAUGAGGAGCAUGCACUUCCUUUGUACGGUGAGUCGGGAUCAGAAGGUGAAUAUGAUUCCGAUACAUGGCGCGAAAUUGAGGAGUCUCAAGAAGACCAGCCUAAAUAUUUGACUUCUCACGAAGUCAACUCGGUCAUCGAACGUUGUGUCAGAGACUACGAAGAACAGUGGAGGAGAGAUCACCUUCCUAAGCAGGAGCAUAAGGCCCAUCGAAUCUGGAUGGAAGCCAAGAGACUUCGGAACAGGAACCAGCAAACAAAGAGCAUACAGCGAGAUAUCGAGCACUUGCAACGACGUCUCGAAAAAAUCAAGAAGGAGAUCCAUAUGGAUAAAUAUGCCAAAAUCGCGGACGUCGAGUUUAUAUGCCAGAGCAUGGAGCAGACCGUCUUCAAUAUCGAGGCACAGAAGUGGCGAAUUUCAAUCCUAGAAAAACCAGAAUGUCCGCCCAAAGUUCCAGCCAUCUCGAAGCCUCGGCCCAAGAAAGUUCGACUGGAUCUUGAUGAGGAGUCACUCGGCUCUGAGACAGACGAUUUGGCAGAUGACUCUCUAAGCGAUUUUAUCGAACAUGACGACGCCCCCAUGGACAUUUCUAUGACAUCUGACAGCGACGACAUCAUCAGUCCUUCAGGGAAAAGGAGAAAGCAGCGCAAUAGUAACGGUCAAGUGCAGCAUAAAAGCGCUCUGGUUAAGGCUUUUGAAAUGUCACCUUCGCCUCCUAUGCCGCCUGCUACUACGCAGCAGCAGCCUCCCACGUCUUAUGUGCCUGUAGGCGGGCAAGACAUUGAGAUGAUCGAUUUGACCCAAAGCCGCCCAGGUUCCCCAGGGGACGAUUUUGAGAUCACGACACCGCCCUUGAAUCCUGCGCGUCCUGCUCAUGAGCCGGAAUCUAUCACUCCACUAAAGACGGAACAGCCUUCAUCGCCAGCCUUCUCGGUUAUUCCACCCGCGCCACAAUCUCCUAGUGCCGGGAUGGCUAGGAGGACUGGUACUCCAUCAGAUAGAAAAAAGCCUGAACUAUUUGAUAUCGACGUCGACGACUUUAAGAGGAUGGUGCACGUUAAGUGGAGUGUACUUGAAGAUCGCCGCGAUCGCCAAAGGCUCCUGACGAAACUAAUUGCGUGUUUGCCUGGGGAUGAGCGUACUAACAUGGCAACAACCAUCCCGACCUAUACUCGCGUUGAACUCAGGAGUCUGACGUUCAGAGCCCUUCAAGCCAUGCGUAACCAUAGCCAGAAGUUACGCGGCUUGGACGCUGCACAGAACGAAAUCAUCAUGCGCGUGGCGUCACUUUACGUGUCCUGGAACAAUUGUAUCAGGCUCAACCAAAAAGGAAUCAACAAGAGCUUGCUGGACAACGCCAUAAACAACAAAGGCGAUUUCGAAGACUUUGCCAACCAACUCACUGCGCGUCUCGAGGCAUAUACUCGACUGAUUGCUCGGAAAGCAGCUCCUGCAAAAGAUGAUACCUCCCCCACCAGUACGGAAGACUCGGAUCAAGACUUGCUAGCGGCGUCAUCUCGUACACCCCAUAAGAAGCGGAAACGAGAAAUUAAAGAAAGCGAGGAAGUGAAGAGGAACCACGAGGCCGCUCAGGUCCGUGUUGCAUUGCAGGAAGAGCAGCGGAAACGACUUGAAAAGAGGAUGGAAAGCAUGGGCGUCAGUAAUGACGAUCCAGAGCGUCAAGCUGUUAGCUUCGAACAGCCGGUCAUUUACCUUGAUGCUCACAUUGGGCGGCGCGUAAAGUCGCACCAACUUAACGGCAUUCAGUUUAUGUGGCGUGAACUGAUACAAGAUGAGAAAGGCGAAGGUUGCCUUUUGGCACAUACUAUGGGCUUAGGCAAGACGAUGCAAGUUAUUUCACUUCUAGUCACAAUCGCUGCGGCGGCCGCUUCAGACGACGACUCUGUUCGUAACCAAGUGCCUAAGCGUUUUCAUCGAUCGCAGACACUCAUCCUGUGCCCUUCGUCAUUGAUUGACAAUUGGUAUGAGGAGUUUUUGAUGUGGACCCCGCGGAAGAACUAUCUUGGCACAAUAAGAAAGGUCACAAGCUCGGUAACGUUACAACAACGGUUGGCGGAGGUUGCUGCAUGGCAUGAAACCGGCGGCGUUCUUAUUCUGAGCUACGAUAUUUUCCGGAACUGGAUCCACAACAAGGAAACAAAGCAGCGCGGGAAGCCUCUGGAUGAUCAAACCCAUGCACGGGUCCGAGAGCAACUGUUGAAAGGGCCCAACAUCAUUGUCGCAGAUGAAGCGCACAAAAUGAGGAAUCGUGCAUCUGGACUUUCUACUGCUGCGAGCUUAUUUGAAUCAAAAAGUCGCAUAGCUCUCACGGGCUCCCCGCUGGCUAAUAAUCUGGUCGAUUACUUUGCCAUGGUCGAUUGGAUUGCUCCAGGAUACCUAGGAAAGUUCGUUGAAUUCAAGGCCAACUACAUAGAGCCAAUCGAAGACGGACUGUAUGCCGACAGCACCUAUACUGAGAGGCGCAAGUCCCUCAAAAAGCUUCAAGUCUUGAAGGAGAUCUUGAAUCCGAAAAUCAACCGAGCUGAUAUUUCCGUCCUCAAGGGCAGUCUUCCACCAAAAGUUGAAUUCGUCAUAACCGUUUCCUUAACCGAUCUCCAAAAGAAAGCAUAUGACUUGUAUGUGAAAUCUCUUUUGGAAGAUAAGUCGAGAGGAGAUGUUAGGAGCAUGAUGAUCUUGUCUUGGCUGGCCAUUUUAGGGUUAUGCUGCAGUCACCCGGCUUGUUUCAAGGAUAGGCUGCUGGAACGAGCAAAUAGUCAGCGAAAGUUCACUAGAAGGUCCGACGACUUUGACCAGGAGGAAAUGCCUGGAGACGAACCUAUCAGUCAAAUUGGUCUCUCCGAAUCGAUGAUUGCCGCGCAGGAAGAACUUCUUUCUAGCGUCCCUGAUCUUGACAACCCGGUGCAUUCUCAUCGGGCUCAGAUCCUUGAUAGGAUAAUUAGCGAAUCUAUCAAGGCGGGCGAUAAAGUCCUGGUUUUCUCCCACAGUCUUUCGACCCUGGAUUAUCUCGAGAAACUCUUGAUAUCUACUGGAAGGAGAUAUUCUCGAUUGGAUGGUUCGACGCCAGUUGGCGUGCGACAGGCUGCCACCAAGAAUUUCAAUAACGCGACGACUCUGCAACAGGUGUUCCUUAUUUCUACUCGUGCAGGUGGGCUUGGGUUGAACAUUCCUGGUGCGAACCGAGUCAUCAUAUAUGAUUUCCUCUUCAAUCCUACCUGGGAGGAGCAGGCAGUCGGACGAGCCUACCGUCUUGGCCAGCAGAAGCCGGUUUUCGUCUAUCGUUUCAUUUCUGCAGGCACGUUCGAAGAGGUCCUGCACAACAAGGCCGUGUUCAAGACGCAGUUAGCAAUUCGUGUGGUUGAUAAGAAGAACCCAGUUCGCUGGGCAUCGAAAUCUCUUGGGGAAUAUCUUUUCCCGGUAAAGGAGGUCAAGAAAGAAGAUGUUUCCGAAUACAUCGGAAAGGAUCCCCGCGUUCUAGACAAGAUUAUUGGAGAUGAUAAGGACAGAAUCAUCCGCAAGAUUGCUCUCACUGAAACCUUCCAGAAGGAAGACAAUGACAAACUCACAGAAGAGGAGAAAAAGGAUGUUCAACAAGAACUGGAUGAUGAACGUCUCAAGAGAAGCGAUCCUGAGGCUUAUGCCAAGAGAAUGAGAGAAAAGUGGAUGGAACAAGAAAGAGAAAGGAUGGCAGCCGAAGCAAAAAGGGUGGCUUCGAUGCAAGCCCAUCAGCGAGCCUAUCAGCAAGCUCAGCAACAAGCUCGGCAACAACCUCAGCAGCAAGGCCAACAGCAAGCCCCUCCGCAAUCAUGGACACCGCAACAACUUCAGUCACUUGUCUACCGCGGAUACAUUCCACCAAGCACAUUGGGGAGCGUUCCAACCUCAAACGUUCCAACCUCAAAGCCUGUCAUUCCUGAUAGCGCUCAUAAUAUCGGCCCCCCUCCGUUGGAGCCUGAUACCAGUGUUUUGAAUGCAAAUGCGCAGUCGGAACGGACAGCGUCUGCAGCUGAUGGGAAUACUGCGGCGGCUUUGUCUUCGAUUUCGGAGAUGGCCAGAACCUCUACAACUGCGUCUUCGGGAAACCAGGUCGCACAGCCUGCGCCUGCAACAUCUAUAAAUGAACGGUCAGGCUCUUCUACCGUUGACCAUCCUACGGUCAGCAAUGGGCAAAAACAACCCGGACCAGGGACUGCAGCUGGAGGGCCUCAAGUUGCUGUGUCAUCAACUAUGCGAGCUUCACCGGUCUUCGAAGGGGGUUCGCUAUGA